AUGAGAAGGAAGAAAAUAUUUGGAUGCUAUACAAACCAAACCAUAAAGUCUUGCUGCUGCAAAGACUGCGAGCAGAGUUUAAUGUAUUUAUUUAGUAGAUGAGAUGAUGGUAGCCUGAACUCUAAAACUGCUAGAGAAAUAAAAAUUGACUUAAAACUUCACAAAUAUGGAUUUUUGAAGCCGAAAUGCUAUAAACUUGAGAAGCUGUAUUUGAAAAAGUGACACAAUAUAAAAUCUGUAAAGAAAAGGAAAUGAAAGUAUUGCGAAUAUGUAAAGGAAGCUAAACUAGAUAAAGAAAUGAUGAAAAAUGAGCUAAGAGAAUCAUUGCUUUUGCACUCAUUACAAAAUUUAAAAGUUAGUAGGUUUUAA